AAACUGUAAAUAAUUGGGAUUCUCUUGUAGAAGAGGAGAAAGAAAUGGUAUUAGAAUUAAAUGAAGAUUAUUCAUAUGAGGAAUUGACAGAAUAUAAUUUGGAUGAUAAUCUUGCUAUUACAUUUUAA